AUGUCCACCCAACCCACCCCACAACCUCCCCUCGGCCCCGAGGCCAUCGCCUCCUGGAAUGCCAACGCAGCUUACUGGGACGCAGCCAUCACCAAAGACGGCAACAAAUACUGGCGCCGACUGCAAGAGCCCUGCCUCACCCGUUUCCUCGGUCCCUUCCUCUCCUCCGGCGGACGCGUACUUGACUUGGCCACGGGCAAUGGCCUCUGCGCGCGCUGGUUAGCUGAUAAGCUGCAGGAAUCGGGGGGUGAACCCGGCGAGGUCGUGGCUGCGGAUGCUAGUGAAGGUAUGUUGGAGGUUGCGAAGGGGUAUGGGGAUCGGGAGGGACGGAUUAAGUUUCGAAGGGUGGAUGUGACGAGUGAGGAGGAACUGAGAGGGUUGCAGGAGGAAGAGGGGAGGUUUGGGGUGGUGUUGAUGAAUAUGGCGAUUAUGGAUGUGGCGGAGUUGGGACCGCUUGCGAAGGCGUUGAGGGAGUUGUUGGUGCCUGGUGGGGUGUUUGUUGCCACGUUGUUGCACCCUGUCUUCUUCACAUCGAACGCAUCUCGCAUUGUUGAGGUCUCGUAUAACCCGAUGACCGGUGACCAAGAGAUCGUCCGCGGUAAACUCGUGAAGGAGUAUAUGUCUGUGCCACCGGCAAAGGGAAUUGCGAUUCCGGGGCAGCCGGCGAAACAGCUUUACAUCCAUCGCCCGAUCCAAGACGUGUUCUCGCCCUUCUUCAAAGCUGGUCUGGUGAUGGACGCCAUGGAGGAGCUCGCUUUUACUACCGAGGCCGCUGAGCCGAACCGCAUUGAGUCCACCGCAAACUACACGCAGCUACCGGCCAUCCUAGCGUUCCGGAUGAGGUUGCCUAAGAAUUAG